AUGCAGUUUACAAAGUUAUUUGGCGACGAGCGGUUCGUAAAAAAGAUGAAUAGAACGCGAAGGAUACUCGAAGUGAUCCUUAUCCUUAUUCUAGCGAUAACGAGCUGUGAUGGCAGUGGAGGAGAUAUUCCCCUGCGAUGCGACGAGUACGAUUCCAUGGGAUAUAUGGACGUGAACGAGGCGUUUUGCACGGUCACCGGAUUCACGGUCACCCACAGUCAGAAUGUCGUGAUCAAGAACAUACCACCCGGAAAUAUGGUCAAGUUCAUGAAGUUCUACGAAUCAACGCUGCUCUAUAUGCCCUUCCAUCUAUUCGAAACAUUCCCAUAUCUCAAGACCCUGGAUGUUUCGAAUACGAAUAUUUUGGAGCUAACGAGAAAUGCAUUCAGUGCUGCGAGUAAUCUCACCUAUCUGAAUCUGGCCUACAACAAUCUGACAUCUAUCCAGACUUCUGUGUUCAUUGGCGCCAAUGUCCUGAUGCGUUUGGAUCUGUCCUACAAUGAGAUAUCCUCGCUGAGUGUGAAUGCCUUCUGUGGCCUGCACACCAUUAGCCAGAUUUAUCUAACGGGCAAUCUGUUGAAGGAGCUGCACAACGAUAUCUUCAAGGAUAACGAGUACUUGGAGAAGGUGUCCUUCGAGGGAAAUCUACUGACCAGCAUUCAACCGGAGGUUUUUCGCAAUAUGCGGCGCAUCAAGGAGGUUAAUCUGUCCAAUAAUCGCCUGAUUUUUAUCCAUCCGGACACUUUUGCGGAUGCGGCGAGCUUGGAGAAUCUGGUGUUGUCCUAUAAUGAGUUGAAAAACUUCCAGCUGACGGAGAAGAACAUUGUGCAUCAGCUGCACUUGGAUAAUAAUUAUUUGACAAAUUUGACCAUAAAUGCAACUCGAUUCGUGCGCGCCAGUCACAAUCAAAUUUCGGAGCUCUUUCUGCACCAGAGUUUGCAUAUCGAAACAUUGGAUUUAAGUGCCAACAAGUUGAGUAGCAUAUCCAAUAUCACAAAUAUCACACAUUUGCUCUACUUGGAUGUAUCGGAUAAUCCAAUCGGUCCGCUUAAUAUCAGCACCUUUUCUCAACUUAAGCGAUUGAGGGGACUCAAUUUGCGAGGAACUGGAAUUAGAGAGCUUAAGUUUGGAAUGUUUUCGAAGCAGAAGUACUUGGAGGAACUGGAUCUUUCGUUUAACAACCUGACCAUUCUAAAUUUGGAUAUGUUUGUGCCCUAUCUGACUAAUCUGAAGAAGUUCCUCAUCGACGGCAAUGGGCUGACUGAGCUGCAGGGAAAUCACACUUUUUCCGAAGCUUUUCCCCAACUUCAGAAAUUGGGAGUAUCGAGGAACCGCUUCAACUGCUCCUAUCUGCAUCAUCUGCUCAUACCACCAUCGCUCCCCGAGUCCGUAGUGCUCAAUAUUGAACCGGACCCCAAUAUGGACGAGACCCCACACAUUCGAGACGUAUCCUGCAUCAGUCAUUCCCAAGAGAUCGUUAAUGCCUCCUUCACCGCCGAGGAAUCCCGGCUAGAAUCGCAGAUUCACAUGCUUUCGAAACAGUUGGAUAUUGUAGGAUGGCAUUCGAAGAAUCUGGAACUUCACCUGGCCUUCAUGCAGAUCUUUGCCUACGUUAUGGUCGGCCUGGUCCUGGUGGGCGUGAUUUCACUGAUAACCCUUAGAUAUCUGAAGAAUCAACGAUCGGGUCGAUACGAUCGCAGCAGCAUUGUCUUCCGCUCCAAUGCCACAAUGGAAGCUAAUCUCACCCUGGGCAGUGAAGAUCUUCAGUAGGCUGUACAUGUUUAACUAUAUUAAACUGGAAAUAAAAUUGCAAAGUAACAUUUAA